AUAUUUUUACCACAGCUGAUGUUGGAAUUAUUCUUAUCUAAUACGAUUUUCUUAUGAACAAUUGUAAUAAUUUAAAUAAUAUUUUGCCAGGAAUAGGAAUAUUUGGAUUAAGUGAUGUUUCUAGCAUAUCUGUGGCAAUUUUCAAAAAUUUAGGAUUCAAAGUUAUAGGUGUUUGGGCUCAUAACUCAUUAGAAUUAAAACAUUUUGCUGAAAAAAAUGAAAUUGCCAUUUUUUCAACUGAUCAGGAUCAGGUUUUAGUUAAUAAGGAUAUUCAAUUGAUAUGUAUUAUGACUCAACCCUAUUUUCAUUCCCAAAUUGCAACAAAGGCACUAUUUAUUGGAAAACAUGUUAUAUGUAUACCACCAGCUGGUUUAAAUGAAAUUGAUGCAAAAAAAAUUACCAAAGCCUCGCAAUAUUAUCCAACUUUAAUAUCAAUAAUGGCAUAUACUUUAAGAUACAUUCCAGCUUACAUUAAUUUAAAAAAAGCUAUGGAUAAUAAGGAAAUUGGAGAUAUAUUAACAUGUGAAUACAUAAUCCAUAGAUCUUUCUGCUCUCAGCUCGCAUCAAAUCUUUGUAAAACCCAAGAUCAAUCAAUAAUUCCGACUGCACACUCAGAUUGUUGGGUUGGUGAUAAGUGGAUGGGUGGUGGCUUGCUCAAUACUUUAGGCAGUCAUGCUAUUGAUAUACUUUCUUACCUACUUUCCGACGAAAUCAUAAGGGUUUGUAAUGGUGAGCCUAGGCAUCUUCCCAAUACAUCCUCUAGGGCAACAUACAUAAGCCAUCAUAAAAGCAAAAAACUAAUAAGGGAUGAAAAAGAUGUUUUUCCCGUUCUUAACGAUUCCUUGUGUGGCGAUAAUUUCCUGAGUUUCCAUGCCUAUUUCGGUAAUAAGGGAGUAAAUCACACUAGAGCUACUGUUAUAAUCAAUGGGGACGUCCAUCCUUUAUGUGAAAAGGAAGAAUUAGUUCUUGGGGGCGAAAAGGGCACUAUCAUAUACGACGGGAAAAGUGUUAAAUUAUAUUUGAAAUCUGUCCGAUUGAAAGAAGUUUCGCCAAAAAUGCCUAUAAUUUUGUAUAACGGUGAACUAGAAGCUAUUAAUGAAGACAAGUACAAUGGACUUUCUCCGAACUUAAAAACUUCUAAUGAGAAUGUCAAUGAAAUAUGUCUCGAUGAAAGUAUCAAACCUAUAUCCCUUAAAGAUAUAAAAUAUCCCCAUUUACCUAAUGGUUUUUUUGUCGGACUGGAAAAUAUGAUAAUAUCGAUUAAAGAAGCAUUUACAAGUUGCAAAAACGGUAACUGGGCUAAGCGAUCACUUUCAUCCGCUCUCAAUAUAGGGGACGGUCAUACCUUGCUGUACCUUAGACUCGUGAUCGAAGCUCUUAGAACCUCGCAAACAUUUAUAUCUUCUUCAUACUUACCUCACGCUGCAUACCACAAUUGUGGUAAAGCCAAAACUGACUCCUCCAAAAGUAAUAAUUUAAAAUCUGAGGGAAAUAAUGGCACUGUAAUUCAAAAUAGCUAUAACAAACCACUCACUUGGACAUCUAUCAAAUCUCAGAACAGGUCAUUCUCUGAGAUAGAUGAUUUUGAAUACGACGAAGAAAACAAUGGAUUUAGCAUUGAAGAUGGAAUUAAUAGCUUCGAGAUGGGUGUUCCUUGUGGAACGCGAAAUUUUGGCGAUGAUUUUUAUAAUAACGAUAGUUUUGAUUACGAUUUGGAUGGGUACAAUAAAAAAUUUGACGGGAAUGGAGAUUUUGAGAUUAUGGGGCAUUCCGUUUUACAGGUAAAUGCAAUUGGGGGCGAAGAGUUGGGAGUCAAAAAGAAGAAUGAAGGCUUUUAUUUUAUUUAGUAAUUUUUUAUUUUGCUUGUUCGAAUUUUUGAAGUUAUAAAAUUUGCUUAUCAUACGAUCUAAGUCUGAUAUAAAUUUCUUUUUUUUAAUAUUUAACUGUCACGAACACAAUGUUCAAUUAAUAAUUUAAAUUAAAUUAAUUUUUUAUUGUAUAUUUUGUGUUAUUUUAUAUUUAGAUAAUCUUCAAUUGUGAAAAAAAUCAUAUUCGCUGCAAUUAUUAUCGCUCUUUUUACAUUCUAUAUUAAAUGUUUUAUAGAUCAAAUCUCAAUACUUAUUUUUUUAUCAUGUUUUUUUAUAUAAAUUAAUGGAAAAAUAUAAAAUUCCUCCACAAUAAUUCCUCUAUGGUCAUGCAAUCUCAUUUUAAAUGAUCUACAAACAUUCGAUGGCAAUGACAGUUAUAGGUCGCUAAUUUGAUAUUUAUAUAUAUUAUUAUUUAUAUUUAUAAGCAUUUACUAUUUUUAUAUCAAUCACUAAUAAGUAUUAUAUCUAUUUUAGCAUAGACAAUUUUAAAUUCCUUCAGAUUUCUCUAAUAUUGACUUUAAUAAAACACUUUAUACACUUUUUUACUCUAAUUCAAUAAUAAUAUUUAUUAUAAAAAAAUAAAAUAUAUAUACACUUUGCAAAAU